AAAUGAGACUCUUUAGUAGUUACUAAUCGCUUGGUUUUCAAGUGAACGCCUCUAAGCACUGCGAUACUACUGUAUACGUACUAGCCCCCUUUGUGGUGGAGAGAUGUCUGGGGUAGCCUAUACCAGGAGCCCAACCCACCCCCAGAUUGAUUACUCUCCCUUGCUAUCUAAAAUAUCUAUUCUAACCCCAUCUUAUAGGUUAAUAAACGAGCGCAACAUCUUUCUACUUUGAUAAUAACCUCGGAAAACCUAUAUUUUCAUCGGUUGUAUCACCAACGUGAUUAUAUUUCUUACAUGAGGGACUCGCCAUCUUCUUGUAUUUAAACUUGUUGCUUUAUCUUCUAUCCCGUUGAACUUACAUUGCAAUACAUACCAACCAUGGGUGUAAAAGGGAGACCGAACUAUGGUCGUAGGCUAUUGCCAGCAGUUCUCGAUGAACUUGCACAGUCGGAUCCGAAUAAAGUCUAUGCCGUUAUCCCGAAGACAGCCGAUAUCUCCGAUGGCUUCCGCGAUAUCACCAUGGCAGAUUUCGCCAGGGCCGUCAACUUUAUGGCUAGGUGGAUUGAGGAUAGGUUUGGUCGCAGCGAUCGAUUCGAGACUAUCAGCUACAUUGGCGUACCUGAUCUCCGCGGUGCCGUCAUGUUUGAAGCAGCAGUGAAGUCCGGAUAUAAAAUUCUGCUUCCCUCGCCCCGUAAUCCACCAUCGGUGAAUCUGUCAUUGAUGAAUCAGACCGAGAGCACGAAGUUACUACACACAUCCGAGGUUACACCUAUAGUGAAGCCUUUGCAAGGACUGCAGCCGUCAAUUCACUUUAAGGUGAUCCCUUCGUUUGAUGAGAUGAUCAAUAGUACCCCUGAGCACUAUCCAUAUAGAAAGGGGUUCGACGAAGCUAAGAAUGAUCCAAUACUUGUAUUACACUCUUCGGGGUCUACCGGGCUCCCCAAGCCGGUUACAAUGACCCACGCCUCGUUCGCAACGCUUGAUAAUGAAACCAACUUACCGGAUGUCCCCGGCCGAACCAAAAGGGAUACCACAAUCUGGAACUUUGACGGCGAAGCAAGAGUAUACAGUGUGUUUCCAUAUUUUCAUCUCGGGGGAUUCCUCACCCAUAACAUAUACGCUGUCUUCAUGAAUGCUGCUCCCGUAUUAGGUCCGCCCCACCUAGUUCCAGAUGGAGCCCUCCUGAAAGAUAUGAUGCGACAGCAAAAGCUGCGUGCAAUGUUCCUUGUGCCCGCCGUGAUUGAGCAGCUUUUAAAAGAACCUAAUGGAAUAGACUUCUUCAAGGACUUGGAGUUUCUUGCUUUUGCUGGCGCUCCCUCUAGCGACGCUGUUGGAAACCGUCUUGCGCACGUGGUCCGGCUGAUUUCACCAUUUGGAUCGACGGAAACCUUUCAGAUACCAGAGCUAUUCUUAGACCGAGAAGACUGGGCAUGGCAUGAGUUCAACCCGCACUAUAAGCAUGAGAUGCGGCUUUAUGACCCCACAGAAGGCACAUACGAGCUGAUAAUAUUCGCCGACGAGAGUAACAAGGAUUCCUGUGCGAUCCACCACAAUUUGCCUGGUGUUACUGAAUACCCCACCAAGGACUUAUUCAUACAACAUCCCGAUCCGAAUAAACCUCGAUUAUUCAAAUACUACGGACGUCGUGAUGAUAUAAUCGUAUUAGCUAAUGGCGAAAAGUUCAACCCCCUUCCACUCGAGGCCGAGGUUCAAGGUCAUCCUUCCCUUCAGGGUGCGAUGAUAGUCGCUAAUGGUCGAACGGAAGCAUCGCUAAUUGUGGAACCAAUCAAUGCUCUCGAUGAAGCUGAACGGGCUCAAUUGCUUGAAGAAAUAUGGCCACUCAUUGAAAAAUCCAACUCUUUGGUACCUGGUCAGGGCCGUAUCCCGAGAGGCAAUGUUAUAUGUUCUGUGCCGGACAAGCCAUUCGCUAGAACUGGCAAAGGCACCAUAGUACGCAAAUUCAUAGAGCAGGCCUAUAAGGAUGAGAUUGAGGAAUUAUACUUAAAAGCAGUAUCUCAAACGAAGACUGUUACUGUGAACCUCAAACCGACCCUCAAGCCCGUAUAUGAGCUACCUGUUGUGGUAGAUUUCGUUAGGACUCUUCUCGCCGCGUCAUUCGCCCAUGCGCCCGAAAUAAGCGAGACAGAAGAUUUCUUCCACUACGGCUUAGACUCAGUCCAGACUCUAGAAAUUACGUCCAAUCUGAGACGCAAUCUACAGGAGCAGACUUCGAGAUCAGUCUCAUGGAUAACGCCACGAACAAUUUUCCGCAAUUCAACUCUCGACGGUCUGUCCCGCAUAGUAGCGGCUUUUCUCAAUGAGGAUAAAAUACCGCAACAAGAUUCUUCCCUCGCGAGGGCUCGCGCAGUCGACGAAACGGUAGCACGUUACGUGGAAGCACUGCCAGAGGGACGGAUACCGGAAGGUAUCGAGACGGAUACAUUCAAUGUCGCCAUAAUAGGCUCCACGGGGUACUUGGGCUCGCGUCUUCUUUUGGCUCUCCUUGAAGAACCUCUAGUCGCCCGAGUAUACUGCCUCGAUCGUUCUAGCAAUGCACAACAAAGACAAGAGGCAGCUCUCCGCGAGCUCAAUAAAAAUAUCGACCUAAGCAGGCUAGCAUAUAUGAAAGUCGAGCUUGGAAAGCCGAAUUUGGGGCUUAGUCCGGAUCAAUACGACUUGAUCGUUGAAGAAGUCGAUGUUGUGGUGUAUAACUCAUGGAGGCUUGACUUCGACCUUGCGAUUCACUCAUUCAGCCCGUUUCUACGUGCCACGAAUGACUUAGUUGAUAUUUCACUCCUUAGCAAGCGAAACUUACAUAUCGUAUUUAUCAGCUCGAUAUCCUCGGUGGGAAAUAUGGGCGACAAUGAAGCGCCCGAAAUCCCCGUGGAAGACCCCUUGGCUGCGCUAAACAAUGGCUACGCGCAAUCAAAGCAAGCUGCUGAGAGGAUCCUGACGGCGGCGAACCGAAAAAAUGGCACUCACGUUUCAAUCGUCCGUGUUUGCCAAGUUGGCGGCCCGAGCAAUGCCUCGACCGGCGUGUGGGCAGAUCAACCAUGGAUUUCAGCCCUACUCAAAACAUCAAAGACACUUAACUGCAUCCCCCAGAAUGUAGCUCCCGUGGACUGGGUACCUGUCGACACCAUCGCUGCUAUGCUACGGAGAUUCAUCUUCGAACAGUUUAGUAAAGAUGCGCGGGUCUUCAAUAUCUAUCCCUCCAAACCGCAACCUUGGGGCUUACUCGUCGAUAUCGCGCGCGAGACUAUGGGUAUUAAGGAUGUGGUCCCGAUGCGCGAGUGGGUGAAGAAACUCCGCGCUAUCGCGGACCCGACGGCUGAUGAUGUGGCGAAAAUGCCGGCUUUGAAAUUGUUGGACUAUUAUGAGGCGUUUGGUGAUGGGACUGGGCCGAUGGCUGUUGCUACUAGCUAUGGGAAGAGUAUUUCUUGGGUGGAUAUUCCUGAUUUGGAUAGGGAGUUAUUGGAAAAAUGGUUGCGCGGAUGGAAUUUGUAGAUGUUUCGCU